AUGCAGCAACGGCUAGGCAACAAGGUUCUGCGCCAGCGAUUAAGAGGCCCUGCGCUGGCCGCCUAUUAUCCCAGACGAUCAGCAACCGUUGAGGACGUUCUGAAAGAGUUUAAGAGAUUCGACCUUGAAGGCUUCAAUGAAGAGGAGGAUGACAGGUUAGAAAACGUGGCAUUCGCCAAGUUGAGAGGAAAGGGCGCGCCCAAGAAAAAGAGAACGGCAGCCGAAAGUCGGGCGAACAAGAAACGGAAGUGA